AUGGCGAUGCUCGGCAUGCCGACUUUCCAAAGCAUGCGUUCCUUCAUUCUUUGCCUCUGCCUCGCCAUUGGGCUUUCCCAUCAGUCCACCAUCGGCACCCGCCCGGCCGACCCUAACGCCAUCCUGAAAUUCCGCGAGGAUGGCACUUUUCACGUUUCCGUAUUUUCGGACACUCAUUUGGCCAUGUGCGCCUGGCACCCGGGCUGCCUGCUGCAGGAUAAGAAGGGUGUCAAGGUUAUUAGUGACGUGCUGGAUAUGGAAAAGCCCGACUUUGCCGUGUUCAAUGGCGACUUGAUCAACGCUGAUAGUGCCUUCAAGCAUAACGCAAGCCACUAUGUCGACCAGCUCGUCAAGCCGUUGAUUGACCGUGGUCUUACCUGGGGCUCAACCUACGGCAACCACGACCACCAAACUCAGCUGGACGGCGACACGCUACUGGCGCGUGAGCAAAUGUUUGCCGGCGCCAGGACAACCAGAAUGGUUCAGGGCGACGUUGGCACCACCAACUAUUACCUGCCCGUGUACCCUGCCGGCUGCAACAGCGGCAAGGACAUUCGCAAGUGUAGUCCUGAGCUCAUACUCUGGUUCUUUGACUCUCGCGGUGGCCGUCGCUACCAGGAGGUAGGCAACAAGGCUGUUUCAAACCCUAACUGGGUUGACACCAAGGUUGUUGAGUGGUUUCAGCAGACCACGGCCGAAAUGCGCAACAAGUACCAGAAGGUGAUCCCCUCCGUUGGCUUUACGCACAUUCCUCCCUACGCCAUGGUCAGGCUGCAGGAAAAAGGUGUCGACAAGUACCAUCAGCCAGGCAUCAACGACGAGACGGCAAGUCCGCAGGGUCAGGGCUGGUGCAUCGACAACACUGACGGCAACCCUGACUGCAAAUACGGCCUUCAAGACGUUCCCUUUAUGAAUGCUAUUGUGAAUACCGAAGGUUUUAUGGGCUUGUUCUCUGGCCACGAUCACGCCAACUCCUGGUGCCACAAGUGGACGGAGAAGCUCCCCGGCAUGACCGUCAAGGGUCGUGGCGUGCACCUUUGCUUUGGCCAGCACACCGGCUACGGCGGCUACGGCAACUGGAUCCGUGGCUCCCGUGAGCUGCUGUUCAGCAAGGACGAUAUUAAGAAAUUUGUGUUUGACUCUCAUAUUCGCCUUGAAUCAGGUGGCAUUGUUGGCGCCAUUUCUCUCAACUCAACAUACGGAGAGGAUUCGUACCCAGAGACUCCUAACGACAAGACGUAUCUCUAUGGUUAG